AUGUGGGAGCUGGCCCCAUUUGAGUCCCCAGCAGAUCGCGCCUGUGGAGGAGGGAGCUGGCUGAAGCAGCCGCCCGGGGCCGCCCUCGCUCCGUGCCGGCUGCGCCUCCCGGCAGGGCUCCGGGACCGGCCGGCGGGCGCGCUCCCGCGAGCUUUCCGCGAGCUUUCCGCGGGCGCGGGGCUCCCGCCGCGCCCGCGCGUUGCGAAGCGGCUCCGCGGCCGCGCUGCUCGGCCGGGCCCGAGGGGCGCCCGGGGGGCGGGGAGGGAGCGGCGCGCCAUGGCGGCCGCCGGGCGGGGCGAGCCCGCGGCGGAGGGGGCGCGAGGUAAGAGCGCGGGGGCCGGGGCCGGCUCGUACCGGGGUGCCGCCUCGGGGCCGGGGGAGGCGGGCCCGGCCCGGCCCGGCCCAGCACGGCCCGGCCCAGCACGGCCUGGCCCGGCGAGGCCGCCGCGCCCCGGCUGGCUGCGCAGGGCCGGGCCGGGCCGCGCCGCUCAGGGAGCGCUUUGCCCUGCCGCCACAGGAGCCGGCAGCGAAAACGUGCUGGAUUAUUUCCUGGGGUUGCACCGCAUUAAAGCAAGAGAUGGGGCAGAAAUCUCCUGGUAUCACGCAGCGAACAAAAAAUCCCAGAUGGAAGAAGCCGUAAAAAGUGCUGUUCACAUGGUAGAAGCAGAUAUUCUUCUUCGUGAUGACAAGGGAGGAAAUGGUGACCCGAUCAUGGCUCAUCCACCUGAAACAGAUAGUGACAACACGUUGCAGGAAUGGCUAAAAGAGAUUGUGAAGACAGACAAAGGCAUCAAGCUGGAUUUUAAGAGUCUAGAAGCUGUGAGGCCUUCUUUGGAGCUUCUUGAACGUGUGAAGCGGCAUUUGAGACGACCUGUUUGGAUCAAUGCAGAUAUUCUACCAGGACCUAAUGGAAACAGUGCUGUAGUGGAUGCAAAAGGAUUCCUUGAUGCUGUCACUUCAUUCUUCCCAGAUGUAACCUUAUCACUGGGAUGGUCAACUGGCUGGCACCCUGAAAAACCCAAUAAAGGCUAUGACUGGAUGAUGGUGAAAGAAAUGGCUCAGAUAUGCAAUACUCUUUCUCAGCCUGUAACUUUCCCUGUAAGAGCGGCAUUCGUAUCGCAGUCGAUACCUGAGCUAUGCUGGUUAUUACAGCAGUCAGAUAGAUACAGCCUCACUGUUUGGACAGGAAAGCAAGAUGAGUAUUCUGUAGAAGAUUUGCUUCAUACACGAGAAAACUUCGAUAAAAUAGCAUGUAGUACCGAUUACCCAUGUUCCCUAAAUGUUCUUGCAUGUUGCAAGAUGUUGCAAGUACAUGAAGAGGAGCAUGUCCCCAGAUGAUACCUGUGAACCAAGGUAAUUUACUGCCAAUUGCUUUUGUGUAAGCCAAAGUCUGUGGGACACUAGAUCUCUACCAAAGACUUUAUUUCUACCCUUGUACUGAAGGACAAACAGGGAAACGAGACUGUAGUGAGUACAGAACAAUGCAUUUCUGAAGGAGUUACUUUUUAGCUCAUCUUGAUAUACUCCAUUUUUAGUGCUAUUAGGCACUAAAGUAUAUGAAUAAAAGUAUAUGAAUAAAAGAAUUUGCUUUUGAGGCGCAUAAAGGAAAUAACUUUAGGAGACAUUGCUGUAGCAAUAUUCAUUUACUGAAUGCAAAGAUGUCAUUAAAUAGCAUUGAGUUCUUGCAUUAUGCUUUCUAAACACUUAAGUAGUUCUAGGUUUAGUCUAGAUUUCUUUUCAAGAUAUUGCUUACUAUUCAGAAACAACAACUCCCUAGCCAUCCUUUUAAUUUUAAUAGAUAUAAAAGCAAGAGUAUCUCCUUGUCCUUUUGUUACACAAUUUAUAUAAGGGUUUAGGACUGGAAUGGACUCCUAGAUCAGGUUAUGCUCCUUGCUGUUGCAGGUACUUACAUGUAUUGAUUUAACAGAUUUCCUCUAAAGGUUUUUUAAGCCUUUUUGCUUCCACACUGGCAGUCUUUUCUACUGUUUAGAAACCCUUUCCCCACUUCACAAUUCCCAUCUGAAGGAUUAGGAAUUGUUAAAACUGAUUACAUUAUUAAAUAGAAAACACUAUCAGUAAUUACCAAAAGUAUUUUCAAGGGUACAGACAUCAUGGAGGAGUUAUCAUUAGACUAGUACCUGUGGAUAUGCAUAAACAGGGAUAUUUGGAUAGAAUUAAUAAGACAUGAUCUGGGUAACCAGAAAAAUUAAUAAGGUAACAAGACACCUAACUGUGUUAGGCAAAAUGUUAGCUAUAAAUUUCGUGAAGCAUUCUUGUAAUGAAGUGUUUGUCUUUAUGGUGAGUUUCGUUAUUCUACAUGGAUUAUCCUAUGUAUCUGAAUUUCUGCAUGUAUCUUCUUUUUUACCCAUGUAAAAGUAAGUAAUUAUGUUAAGUUUCCUGUGAAGUGGUUUGUUUUGUUUAGGAUUUGUUCUGAUUUGCACAUAGGAAAAUACAUUUGAAUGUGUUUCUCUGUUUUCAUGCAAGUCUUGAUAUAAAUGCUUUCCUUGUAAAAUCAAAUGUGUUAACCUGGGGGCUGGCAAUGAAAUAAUAAAGGUGAGAUGAAAGCUGGUUAUUUAUUCUAUUGGAAAUGGGUAUCUAUGAAAGUAAAUCUGUUGGCCUAGCCAUUGCACUCUCUUUUAUCUUGUGUCCUUGUACUUAGCGUUUUGUUUAGGCGUUGUAAGUUCUAUGUCUUCUUUGUGGAGUCAUUUUCUUUAACAGUGUUGUUUCAUGUCUGGUGGCACUUUCAGCCAGAUUUUUAGACUUGCUUGUCCUUGUUGUGUGGACAAAUUUGGUUGACUUUAAUGGAACUAUACAUAAUUUAUAGAGUGUUUUAACAGUUGUGUUCAAACUCCAAAAGGACUCCCAGGUGAGUUAAUAGAUUAAUAAACCAUUUCUGAUUUACUGCAA